CGGCUGCUGCUGCUGCCGCCGGCGGCGGUGUCGUCGCUGCCGCGGCUGGAGAAGCCCAUCAAGCAGGCCUUCUACAACACCGGGGCGCUGCUCUUCGCCGGGCUGUGCUGCGGCGCCGCUGUGCUGGUCUACUUCAUCCUGGAGGCCUUCCUGCGGCCGCUGCUCUGGGCCGUGCUCUGCGGCACCUUCCUGCACCCCUUCAAGAGCUCGCUCACCGCGCUGGGCCGCCGCUGGCUCGGCCGCCUGCACCGCUCCCGCACCCCGGUGCUGCUGGCCGCCCUGCUGCUGCCCAUCUGCUUCGCCAACUACGGCGCCGAGGCGCUGGGCGAGCAGGUGCUGCGCAGGCGGCGCCUCCUGCUGCUGCUGGGCGCUGGCGGCCCCCUGCUCUACGGGCUCUAUUGCCUCGGCAGCUCCCUGGGAGUCCAGGUGCUCCUGGCCCAGACCGGACUCCUGAUCUGCCGGGGGCUCGACUUCUUCAGCAGCCUGUGGAUAUGGACCUUAGUUGUUGGUUAUCUGUUGACUGUUUCAUUCAAGUGGAAUGCAAGCACUGAACGUUAUUUAAGAGCAAUCUCCAUUCCUGUCUGGAUAAUACUGCUCUUCCACUUAGCUUCUGUGGCUGGAUCCUGGAGGAUUCCAGUAUUUCUGGUUAUAGUUUUUCUGAUGACAGUGGGCAUGAUGCAUGAGCAAUGGAGCGGAAAGGAGUCUUCUGGGACAGAACUUCCUGGUCAAAUGAUUUCCAUUGCUGCUUCUACAAUUGCCAUGGCAAUAUCUGUCACAGGAUAUGAUUCAAGUAAUGAGCAACAUUCACCCCAACCCUCAGAAACAGCAGAAAGUGGACAACCCUCUCAAGACUCGUCCUCUUCUUUUUCCUCCUCUUCAUCCACUACCGGUGGCAGACACAGGCCUGAGAUUGGAGCUUUUCUUAGAAAGAAGAAAACCAGUGAUAUCUACUUUGUUACACUUGUAUGGGCCAUUGUUGUAGUCCAAAUCUGGCUGAAUCUCUGGAUUGUGCAGUUAUUGCCAGUUCCUGUUGCAGUUUGGGUUGUUAAAAAACUUGUGGUCCACUUUGGAGUUGUAAACUUCAUGGCGAAACGUUGUAAUAGUUGGUGGCAUGUUCUGGAAAACUUUGUGAAGGAGCGGCAGGAGGCUCUCGCUCCAUGGCCAAUCAGAGGGCUUGGAAGGGUCAUGCUAAAACUUGACAGUAAGCUGUGGCACUGGCUUAAUAAGAAGAUGAUCGUGUGGUUGGAGAAAAUGCUUGAUAAAAUAAUUAGCAUUUUCAUAAUAUUUUUGCUAGUGAUAGGAACCCUUCUGCUAGCCCUGCUCCUUACGGCAAAGGUACAUCAAGAGAGCGUUCACUUGAUUCAAGUCACAAGCAGCUUGAUCAAUGAGACUGUAGCCAAUCACCCAGAGUGGGCAAACUGGCUCCCUGAAGCUCAGGUCAUUCAAAAAGCUCUCAAUUCGGCUGCUAACAACGUGUAUCAGUAUGGCCGAGAAUGGAUUACACACAAGCUCCAUAAGAUAUUAGGAGACAAAGUGAACAACACUGCUGUGAUUGAAAAGCAAGUGCUAGAGCUCUGGGACAGACUUUAUCACUCUUGGUUUGUGAAGAAUGUAACGCAUUCUGGAAGACACAAAGGCCACAAGCUGCAAAUAAAUCGUCAGAACAGCUGGCUGGGUGACAUUCUGGACUGGCAGGAUAUUGCUUCGUUUGUUCAUGAGAACAUUGAGACAUUUCUUUCAAUUCUGGAGUCUUUGUGGAUAGUGAUGAGUCGUAAUGUGAGCCUACUGUUCACCACAGUAACAACAUUAGUGACAAUCCUCUUCUAUAGUGGGACAGCCCUUCUCAAUUUUGUGCUCUCACUGGUGAUUUUCCUGACCACGUUGUUUUAUCUAUUAAGUUCCAGUGAUGAGUAUUAUAAACCAGUGAAGUGGGUGAUUAGCUUGACACCUUUGUCUCAACCAGGCCCAUCCUCAAAUAUUGUUGGCCAGUCUGUGGAAGAGGCCAUAAGAGGUGUGUUUGAUGCUUCUCUCAAAAUGGCUGGGUUCUAUGGACUGUACACCUGGCUCACUCACACCAUAUUUGGAAUUAAUAUUGUCUUCAUACCAUCAGCAUUGGCAGCAAUCCUUGGAGCUGUUCCAUUUCUGGGAACAUACUGGGCAGCAAUACCCGCAAUUCUAGAUCUGUGGCUCACCCAAGGAGAAGGAUGCAAAGCCAUUUUGCUUUUGGUUUUUCACCUGUUGCCAACGUACUUUGUAGACACAGCAAUCUACUCAGAUAUAUCAGGAGGUGGCCAUCCCUACCUAACAGGCCUCGCAGUAGCUGGUGGAGCAUAUUACCUAGGAUUGGAAGGAGCGAUCAUAGGACCCAUACUGCUUUGUAUACUGGUGGUUGCCUCUAACAUAUACAGUGCCAUGUUAGUGAGUCCAACAAAUUCAGUUCCCACCCCAUCACAAACACCAUGGCCUCUGCAGAUAUAUCAGCCAUCUAGAGAGAGUCCUGAAGAGAUGAAAAUAGCCACAGAGUGAGAUUUACACCAUCUUGCACCUGAUCAACAUGAAGUUGUCGUCACUCGCUUCUACCUGGAUUGAGUUCAGAACAGUCGUGGCCUUCUGUCCCUCUUCCAGCUGUGCCUAGUGACAGCUCAUAGUGAAGCACAGUUUAAAACAAACCCUCACAUCUGCUGGCCUUACAUUAUUAAGCACUUUGCCUUUGCAAGAGAGGCUGUCUGCUUCCCAUCACUUUGCAUAUUAACACACAGACUUAAAGAUCAGAUGCCUUGUGUGUAGAUUUUUUUUCUUCAUACAAGAACAAGUAGUACCCACUGAAUCAAGGAUGCCAUCUGCUGAAAUAACUAACUUGGCUUUUAUUUCUUUGGAUGUUUGCGUUGUUAGACUUUUAAACAAGUUAAAUCCCUAAGUCUUUUGUUGCUGAAAUCUUCAAUUGAUCUAAGGGUGUAUUUACUUGUAGAGAUGCUAAAACUUUUAAAGGUGUGAAACACCUGCUAUGAAAAGAAAAUAUAGUAUAAUUAUCUGCUGCUUCUCAAAGCGUUUCUUUUGAGAGGUGUGACAGUCACCAUUCAAUUAAUAACACUUGAAGCUUAUUUAUCUAUACACUAAUAGUGUUUAUGCUGUCAGGGAGUGAUGCUUCCACUUGCAGAUUGUGUUAAGUGUAGGUUAUCCUCACGUGGAAUAGGAGUAUCUGUAAAAACAAUUUAAUCCGUGAGUUCACUUUUGCAGUUAAACUUAGUAUUCUGUUUUGGUUUAUUGGUAGAGCUUAAUUUAAUGCACUAGGGUCUCAGUAAGAUGAUGUACACAAAGUCCCAAUGGAUUCUUGCCAAAUUUAACCAAAGGGCUUAAAUAUUUCCAGGCAGAAGUAAUAUUGGCUUACCAUAUCUAAUUACAGUAUUUGGAAGAUGCUGAAUGAUUGUGUUCACGCCAUUUUUUUAAUUCUCAUUUAUUGAGAAGUAAUAAUCAAGAAGGUGAGAGAUGAUGGGAGAAGGGGGAAAGCACAAGACAAGCAGAGAUCUCAAAUUCCUAAAAUAUGUUCUUGUCCUGGACAUCAAAUUGAAGUACACUAGAGCAUUUUUUUCUCUUUUCCCCCAAACUAUAGUUGACCUUAAAUUGCAGUUUUAACGGCACUGAAGGCUUUUCAUACCUUCGUUAUUGAUGCAGGUUUGAAAUAGUGGGUUAUUGGCACCAAAAAGUAAUUGCGUUCUUUUUUGUGUAAGUUCUUAAAUUCAAAAGACAAAUACGUGAGCAAAAAUUUUUACCCCAAAUACUUGGUCAAAAAAUACACUCAGAUCAUCUGGCACCAGGUACAAUACAAAUAAGAUGCUAUGCAGGUGGUGUGGUUUUCUUUUUUUUUCAAAUACCAGAGCAAAACCAUUCCAUUCCUAAUUGACUCUGCCUUGAAUUUAUAGCACGGUUUCUUCUUCUGAUUAUACAAAAUACAGGCAUUGUCAUGCACUUCGUCUCUCCUUGCAUUAUAAAAUAGCUAUAGUACAAAUCUGUCCAUACUAUAGACCCAGGGAUCUGGUUCAACCCAGGUGAGAGAGAUUGUUAUAGAUUGCUGCUAGUUUUUUGAUGUGACCAUGCAUGUGUUUAUAGAUAAUAUUUCUAAGACUGGAUCCUUUGUGCCCUAUGUAUUGCAGUGUUUUGAGAUCAGUUCAGUGUGCUGCAAUGCAUGGGCACAAUAUGUGUAGUUCCGGAUAGGGCAGUUACUCCAACUUUGAAUUUCUUUGCUUCUGUGGAACAAAGUUAGACCCUUUACAUUAUUCAACAUCAUUUUGUUUCAUGAAUGGCAAUUUUGCAAACAGUCAGGAUCUCACUAAGAGUAUCAAUUCCUGUAGUAUAUAGACCAGUAUAUGAAUGAUAGACUAUAAUUGCUCUUGGGAAAUUGCUACUUUCUGUUAGAUUAGUGUAUGCUACCAUGCUGAGCAGCAUUGUGUAUCUGUUUUGGUUAAUCAGGUCAUUGUGUAGCCAGGCAACUUUUGAAAAGGGUUGUCACAUGAGAGAAAAAUGCUGAAAAUGUAUACAACUAACAAGAAUCCACAAGCUUUAAUAUUUUUACACUUUUCUCUUGCUGCUUUUUGCUCACUAUUAAACAUUGUGUUAAGUGUUUUCUACAUAGAUAGCAUGUUCACAUCUAACCUGAUCUUUCAUAACCCUGUGUUACUGAAUUUGUGAUGGCAGUCAUUUCCAUGCUAUCAGAUAGUGAUCUCAUAAGUAACGGUUGAUUUCAUUACUAUAAUCACAGAGAAGAAUCUCUGAUAUGAGGAGAGUUCUUUUUCAAACACAAGUUAUCUUCAAUAAUAGCAAAAAAAUUAGACUGAGAAGACGUUGCUAUUUUGAAAUGUUCCUUUCCCAAUGUGAAAAAAAUCCAUCAGUGUGAUACGAUACACAUUGUCUAUUUGUUUUUAUGUAUGCAUUUUUUUUAAAAGGAAUACUUGAGGCUUCCAGUCUCCAACUUCAACUAACAUUUGUCAUUAAUAACACAAUAGGAAAGCUAGAAAUUCACAGUAAACCUAGAUUUAAGAUCCCAUACUUUAUGCCAUGUCUGUAUCUGAGGAACAAAGACUGUGUCGCAUGUCCCUUUGAGGCAUGAGGCUCAAUGACAAUAUAGUAAUGAGUAAACUCUGCUUUUAAAAUUACCAUGUCAAAAUACUCAAUCACCCACAUGCUUGCUUAACAAAUGUAAGAAAUCAGAAUCUUUACAUAUAGAUGCCUUAUGGAAAAGUAUAUGUUUUUAACACAAUGGCUGUUAGUGUUCAAAAAAUAAAUUGUCACCAGGAACUAAUGACCUGCACAUUUUCAUUUUUAACAUCCAUUUUCAUUUGUGGAAACAUACAUCUGAAAUGUGUUUGUUUUUUCUUUUAAAUCAACUUUCCAGCAACUUAAAAAUUACCAAACUAAUUUUAUCCAUGUUGUUCUUUUAAAAGAGAAAAAAAAAGUGGGGGAGGAGACAAUUCUGAAUAUACUUUGUAUGAAAAGAAACAUCUUUGAGUAAUUUUUAACCUAGUUAUAGAUCCCAGGAAAAAUUGUUUAUAGACUCUUCUUUGUGCAGUGGCAUUUUGAAUAGGGCCCUCCUUCUAUCCAUAUUUAUAGCCUCUGUCACAAUGAGGCUUGAUUUAGUCUGAAUCUUCUUGGCAUUGCUACAAUAAAGUGUUUCUAGAAUAACAGUCAAAUUAAACACUCUGUGUGCAAGUACAAAAUCAGUCAUUUUGAUGAGUUGUUAAAGGAAUGCUUAUAUUUUUAUUGGUUGUCAUGAGAUGGUACUCAGCAGUGAAAUAAUGAUGACAACAUAAGGUGUGUCAGCCAUGAUGCUGUCAUGUUUUUCUAGCACAUUAGGUGUAUCCUAAGUACUAAGUUAUCAAUAGCUCUAUCAUACUAAUGGUUUUUAUCAUACAUUUCAGUAGAUUUAUUUCCUCCUUUUUUAUUAAAUUGGAGUAUUUAGGCACAUGAAUUUUAGUUAAUAAUUAUGAUUAGGAAACCAGUAAUAUCUUACAAAACUGCAAACUGCAAUAAAAAAAACUGUAGAAAAUUUAAUUGCUGUCUCCAGUGUUAGCAUUCAGUAUGUUUAUCUUAAUUUCCAAAAAAAAAAAAGUUAAUAUGGCAGAAAUGUUAAAUCCUCUGUUAAAAAGACCGAGCCUAAAUUCAGCAGUAACACCUUUGUAAAAAAUGUAAAAGAAAAUUCAGUCCACAGUUAAGGUUAAACUCAUCAUCUUUUAAAAAAAAUAAAUAAUAAAAAAAUAAUUGCUGUAGUGCUAAUUCCUAGCACUAGGGUCAUUAGACUACUUAUAAGGCUGCCUCCCCAGUGACCAUUAUGCAAGUGUCCAAGAUGGCACUUCACGUCCCCGAGUGGCAGAAUGGCCCACCAUCACCUUCAUACAUAUGUGGACUGUUUGUAUUGUGUGUGUGAUGUGUCUGCUUAGGCGCAGACACUCUCACUCCAGAGCACAAUGCUGGACUCAUGGGCACUUCUGUGAAAAUAGACUAUAAUUUUUUUAAAGCGUUUGCAUUAAAGAUGUGUAUUUUUUUUAAUUAAAGUUAGAAGACUUUAUGGUUAAUAUCAACAACAACAUUUAAUUUUCUGUAAACAGUUUCGGGGAAGCCUGUAGUCUUAAAAGAGAGAAUAAUGGUUUCCCCUCUUCUAGUUACGGUUGACAUGCCUUAAACCUACAGAUGGAUCUUCUCCAGAACUCACUUCUCUUAUUUGGUUUAUUAUAUGAUAGUAAAAACAGUAUUUUGUCUUCCUCUUUGGGCACUCCAGUGAAUUACAGAAUGUAACAAUGCAAUUCCUCUUUCGUUCCCAAGUUUUCUGUAAACUAAAAUGGCCUAAAGUUUUUAAGUCAUGUGAAUUUAAGCUUUAAUCGGACAUUGUUUCUUACUGUCAGUUUUAGUUCAAGUCCUUCAUGCUUUAUGAUGAAUGUGUACAAGUAUUUUAUGAAGGUAAAGCAGGUAUUUUAUGAAGCGUGAAAAAUGAGCUAAGUGUUUUUAAAAAUCAGAAGUAAUGAGCGUAUUCAAGGAUUCCACAUUAGGGUUUUUUUUAAGUGUAUACAUAGUCUGUUUUUCUUCAAAUUAUUUUUAACUGACAAACUGUCUUUUGUGAUUCCUAGGAAUAAAAUGUUGUGUUGCCUGUGUAUAUAGUAGAAAUAAACAUUUUCUGGAACUGUCUAUAUAUGGUAUACAAUAAAUAGUUUCUCCCCAGUCUCUUUACCUAGCAAAUAUCUGAUCAGGUGACUAAAUAAACUGUUCUGAUGUAAUAGCGGUACAAAACUAGUCAACACCAGUCUUUCUAGUAACAGCUAAAGAACCAGAAUGUAGAGCCUAUCGGUCCUGAAAGUAGUUGCACUGCUCCACCAGAGCACUUCUAGCCUUAAUAGGUCAUGAAAUAUCAGGCUUUCAAAUCCCCAAAUGUUGUUACUCUUUUUUCCUCCCCCACUUAUAGGAUGACAUUUUAGUAUCUGGUAUUUAAGAAUUACUAGAAUUGGAGAUUGUUGCUUUAAGCCUUUUGUAAAAUAGGUUCCAGGAUUCAGAGGGUAUGCUGCUACAGCAGUCGGUCUGAUUCAGGAAAGCAUUUCUCUCUAGGACAACAUUUUAAGCAAAUCCCAUUGAAGUCUGUAUUAAAACCAUGUGUGUGUUUCAGUGCUGCCCUAAAUACUGAUGGACUUAAGCGUGUGCUUAAGUGCUUAUAUUCUAGUACUGAAGAUGGCAGCAUUUAGAAUCAUGUUGAAAUUAAAGCAGGUGGGGGAGGAAAAUAGAUCUGACACCUUUCCAGUGGAAUACAGCGUUCAUUUUAUGGCUUGGAUCGGUUUUCAGUCUGUUGAAUUUAAACUGUUGUUUUACUUGGGCCAAUCUUGGUUGUGUGUGUUUGGUUUGUUUUUAGUGUUUUGUUUUGUUUUCGUCACUGGAUGAGGGUGAACUAUAACAAGUCCGUGACUUCUAGUAAAAGUAAUUUUCAUUCCCUGCACAAGGCUUUGACAUAGUCACAAUGUAACAGCAUGAUACAGAGUUACAUCAGAACAAAAGUCUGUUCAGUGAAAAAACAAAUUGAUAUCCAGGCCUUGAUGCUGAAAUAAUAAAUAAAACCACCA